AUGGUUCAAUUUAUAAAAAUAAUGUUUUAUUUGAUAAUAAUUGAACUAUUCACUCAAUUCGAUUUAUUAAUAUAUGAAAAGUACCAAUAUUUAGCAUCGAAUGUUGAAACAGAUUCUGCAAACUUGGUGUUAAAUGUUAAACGUAAAAACCGUAUAUUAAAUAUAACUUUUAAAUAUUUAUCAAAUAUUUUAAAAGAAACAAAUAUUGAAUCUAUUGAAUUCGAAAGAAAUGAAUUGAUUAAUACAAUGUUAGCAAUAAAAAAUACUUUUGAAACAAAUAAAUUACAAUUACAGGAUAAAAUCCAUAAUAUAUGGGAAAGUGAAGUUAAAGAUAAUAAUACUAUACUUGAAAUAAUCGAUUAUAUUAUCAGAUAUUCCAAAGAAAAAGUUAAGAAAUAUAAUCUACAAACAAGUUUAAAUUGUUUGGUAAAAGAAUUUAUCAAAAAUAUCAAUUCCAUCAAAAUGUUUAAGCUUUCAGUUGAUACUCUAUAUUUUUUCGAUGGUUAUGAAAAUUUUAUCAAACUAACUAACAUAAUACAAUUAAAAGUGAUCGAUUCAAACUCAAUGAAAUUGAAAAUAAAUAAACUAACUGAUGUAUUUUGUUUAUUAACUGGUUUUGAUGAUUUUAAUAGUGCAUUAAAAUUAUUAGAUAGUUUUGAAGUUGAUAAUUGGCUUUUAUAUUUAAAUAUAAACAAAAUUGAAUAUGAUUUAAACAUGUUAUUUCAUCAAUAUUUAGAUGAAUUCAAUUUGAAUGAUAUGAAAACCGAAAAUUUGAAUAAUUUGGAUGAAUUUAUUGAAUCAAAACUUAAUGAAACGGAAAUUAAAUAUGAUAAUUCAUUGAAGAAAAUUUCAAAUACAAUAAAAGUAAUUGAAUUAAAUGGAAAUACGAAGUCGAAUGAAAAAGAAAUGGUUUUUGAUUUCUUAAAAAUCAAGAUUAUCUUUUGA